AGUAAUCGGACGUCUGAAAUCGGCCGAUCAAAAUAAACACUUCCAUUUCAUUACAACUCCAAAAAAAAAAAGCUCCCUUUUUUAUUUUCCCCUCUUUCUUCUUCUCACCCUACGAGCUUCGCUUUUGGCCGGAAUCGCCAAUGAGAUUAGGGUUCCUCCUCCGGUGAUGCCUGGUUUUCCUUCCCUCACUGAAAGCCCUAAUUUUUCCGAUUGAAAAAAAAAAACUAGGGUUUCCGAUUUCGAACAUGUCAGGGUCUUCCAGGGGAAACGUCACCAUCACUCUUGGGCGCGGCCAGGUUGUAAAGAGGUCUGUUACGGGUUCAGGUGCUGAGUCUCUUCCCACAGCCGGGGCGAAGCGGUCGGUUAGAGAUAGGUUAGGGAGUAAUGCAGAUAGCUCUGUGUCGAAUGGGAGUUCACGCAGCAGCAACAAACGGCAGCGUGGACAUGGUGGUAUGUCAAGUAUGAACUCCAAUGGUUUUGAUGAUGCGCGCAUUGGUAAAGAUGACCUCCGGUUUAAACUCAUGCAAAAAAAUGCAUUUAGACGAGCUUUGAGUGAUGAUGAUGAUGAUCAGAGGCAUGGAGAUCUUCGUGAGAAGCUGACAAAGGCAGUUCAGCGUCCUGUUCCUAGUGUUGAAUCACGGGCACAGCAGCGCCUGCCUGAACCUCAAGAGAGUGGUUUCUUUAGUCGAGUUUCUUCUACGAGAAGUGCCGAUGAUUUGCCUCAUAUGGACUCGUUGAGAAAUUCUUAUUCUCCUUGGACACUGGACCAUUUACGACGAAGAUCCCCAGAGAGAGUUCAAGUCACUUAUAGGGGUCUCUCCCCUCAGAGGAAUGUAGAAGACUUGCAGAGAAGGCCAUUAAAUAGGACAUAUGAUGAUGUCAGAUCUGUUCCAUAUAUGAAAAAAGAUGUUUUAGAUGCUACAAGGCCUGCGACUACUGCACCUUUCAUGUCUAAUACUGCAUUGCCUCCUGGACCUGCAAAGCAUAUGGCACCCGUCCCGCCCCAUAUGAACCAAGUUCCUCCGCUGAGUAGCACUGUACAGAAACCUCCAUACGUGGGUGAUGAACAGCAGACAGUAGAUGGCUUGCUGCAACAUCUCGGAUUGGGAAAAUAUGCCAUUAUAUUCAAGGCUGAGGAAAUUGAUAUGACUGCAUUGAAGCAGAUGGGAGAAAAUGACCUCAAAGAGCUGGGAAUACCUAUGGGACCUAGGAAAAAGCUCCUGCUUGCUCUCUUGCCUCAUUCCAAGCGGCCACUGGCCACAAAUUUACGUUAGGAGCCGAUUUGUUGCGAUUACCAGUUACUUUGCUAUGAUUGAGAGAUCUCGUGCCUCAUUCCCAGCAACUUUCGCCAUAAAUACAAGUUAAAGGCUGAUAUGUUGUGAGCAUUAGUUAGUGUCCUAUGACUGAAAGGUCUAUGUUAGGAAGUCUUUUACAUGAAAUGAUGCAGCUUAUGUACUAAUCAUUUGCCAUAAUUUAAAGUAUGGAAAACUGCUUUUGUUUAUACUAAUUGAUGGUAACAACAAAUUUUGCGAUGUAGGAUUUCAUUCCUUUUUCUUUCUUUCUAUUCAAACUGGAAAUUGUUAUAGACUGCUGUUCAUAUAAUUUAUAUGUGAUCUGAUGAAGAGCUUGAGC